ACCGCACAAUUCUACAUUGCAUCUGCCUCACCAACCUCUAAACCCAUUGUACAGACCGCACAAUUCUACAUUGCAUCUGCCUCGCCAACCUCUAAACCCAUUGUACAGACCGCACAAUUCUACAUUGCAUCUGCCUCACCAACCUCCAUACCCAUUGUACAGACCGCACAAUUCUACAUUGCAUCUGUCUCACCAACCUCUAUAUCCAUUGUACAGACCGCACAAUUCUACAUUGCAUCUGCCUCACCAACCUCCAUAUCCAUUGUACAGACCGCACAAUUCUACAUUGCAUCUGCCUCACCAACCUCCAUAUACAUUGUACAGACCGCACAAUUCUACAUUGCAUCUGCCUUAGUGAUCCCAAUAUACAUUGUACUGACCGCACAUAAUUCUAAUGCAUUAGUGCCU